AACUAAUGAACUCCACUCCCGGUUUCCCACGGACCGUAGCAGGUGUAACACAUGGCGCAGCCUCAAAACAGUCCUGAUAAUGAUGUAAAUUUAUGAUAACUUAUUAUUUGUUUAUUAAAAUAAUCAAAGUUGGGUAAGCGUGGAGGUAGUUAGCUGAAAGCAUUAGCUGGCUAGCUCGGGGAGCGUAAACACGGGACAGACAGACAGACAGACAGACUGACCUAGCCUCACAGCAAAGACAUGAGCAGCAGCAGGGGAAACACCAGGUAAACAACAACAGCCCGGGUCGGACUAUUUACUGGUCCAAAGCCGAACAGCUCCUCUGAAGACAGGGAUUGAAAAGAAAUGAAGAUGAGCGGCCACAGGUUUCUGUGGUCCGGGCUGAAGCCGUGGACAUCAGGAAGGAGCCGGUGGUUGAGACCGGUUCAUGGUGGUCAGUCUGUCACUGAGGAGUUGCCCAGUGCUGUGAUGGUGUCCAGCAGGGGGUGGGACUGGUUCUCCAUGACAGAUGACUGUCUGGCUCCUCAUUCUCAUCUGUCCUACCACCUCCACUGGGUUGUAAGUGGGCGUGGACCAGCAUCUUUUUACUCCAGCAGCCCGAAGGUGUGUAUUGUAGGAAGUGGUCCAGCGGGUUUCUACACGGCACAGCAUUUGAUCAAGGCUCGUCAAGAUAUUGAGGUGGACUUUUAUGAGCGUCUGCCCGUCCCCUUCGGCCUGGUCCGGUUUGGAGUGGCCCCCGAUCAUCCUGAAGUCAAGAACGUCAUCAACACAUUCACGCAGACGGCCAAUCAUUCGCGCUGUAGCUUCUAUGGUAAUGUCAAUGUGGGGAAGGAUGUGAGUGUUAAGGAGCUGCAGGAAGCCUACCAUGCAGUCAUACUGAGUUAUGGGGCAGAGGGAAACAGGAGUUUAGGGGUCCCAGGAGAGGACUUGGCUGGGGUGCACUCUGCCAAAGACUUUGUGGGCUGGUACAACGGGCUGCCCAGCCUUCGACAGCUGAGUCCAGACCUGAGCUGUGAAACGGCUGUGAUUCUGGGUCAAGGUAACGUGGCUCUGGAUGUGGCGAGGGUCCUUCUCUCGCCCGUUGACAUUUUAAAGCAAACUGACAUCACCAAACCCGCUCUGGAGGCCCUGGCAGAGAGCCACGUCCGCAGGGUGCUUAUAGUUGGCAGAAGAGGACCGGUACAAGUGGCUUGCACAAUCAAGGAGCUUAGAGAAAUGGUGAACCUGCCGGGCACCAGACCUGAGAUGGUGUUGGCUGAUUUCGAGGGCAUCACAGGGGCUCCUAAAGAUCUGCCGAGGCCGAGGAAGCGUCUGACGGAGUUGAUGUUGAAGACUGCCCUGGAGACCCCCGGGGAGAAGGAGCAGCAGAGACGAAAGGAGGCCUCCCGCACGUGGGCGUUUCGAUUCUUCCGGAGCCCUGUCGAGGUCCUGGCCGACCCCCAGCGCAACAGAACAGCUGGCAUCCGACUGGCGGUCAACAGGCUGGAGGGUUCAGGUGAAAUGGCCCGUGCAGUGCUCACUGGAGAAGUGGAGGAUGUGAGCUGCGGUCUGGUCAUCAACAGCAUCGGCUACAAAAGUCUUCCCAUCGAUCCAUCAGUGCCGUUUGACUCCCACAAAGCCAUCGUCCCGAACACCAUGGGCCGCGUCCAAGAGGCUACAGGUUUAUAUUGUAGUGGCUGGCUGAAAACCGGCCCCACUGGUGUGAUAGGCACGACUAUGAACAACAGUUUUGACACAGCUCGAUCGCUGGUGGAGGACAUGGAGUCAGGAACACUGGAUGUGUCCGCUGCCAAGACUGGUUCACAAACCAUCAGUGCUCUGCUGGCAGACAGAGGAGUGAAACCAGUUACUUUCUCAGACUGGGAGAAGAUCAACACUGUGGAGGUGAGGAGAGGUGAAGCUGUGGGAAAACCCAGAGAGAAACUGCUGACUGUGGAGGAAAUGCUGGAGGUGGCUCGAGCAUAACAGUGGUUUUUCAGAUAAACACUGGACACUACAGCAGGGGACCCUCGUGGACACAGAAGACAAAUGGCAUUAUGAAGUACCCAACGUGGACUUAAUUUUGUUCAGACUGUUCACAAAGAAAGCAAGUUGCUACUUUACCUCAGUCCUUGGUCUCAGUUUUUCCCCUCAGUCUCCUAAAAUUAAGACUGAAAGACUGAGCUGAUGAAUCCAAAAAAAAUUAAAUCCAAUGUAUGAUAAUGAACUUGUACUGUUAUUUACUACAUUCAUGUUAGAGUGAAAUAUAUAGUAGCUAAGAAAUCCUUGCACCUAAUCAUUGUCAUGAUUAACUUUAAUAAGAAAAUAAAAGUUGAUAUAUUUUUA